AUGAUGGCUAGGAUGGAGGAGAUAAACCAGCAGACGAGCACCCGACUAGACGAGCUGGCUGCAGCACAAAAUUCGUGCCAAGAUCAAGUGAACGGUCUACAUUCAUAUGAAACACAAGCCCUAGAGCGACCGACGCCAGCUGUGCAACGUCUGCAACGGGCUCUGUUCGGAGAUUCACCGCCUCCACCGACCCAUCCUCAGCAUACCUCGAAUGGCAAAGAGGUAGAAACAAGGCUUCCUGAGCGAGAGACGGAGCCACAACGAGGCAAUGGUCGACCGCCGAUCAACGAGCUAGCCGAAAUGAAAGCUAGGUUGCAAGCCAUGACCUCGCUGGUUCAUCAGGCGACCAGCUCAGCGCCGGAAAUCGACCGAGUACUGGAGGAGAGUCAAAGCACCCCAUUCACCACUCGAAUCACCGAUAUCCCGAUACGCAGGAACUCCGACCCCAGCCAAUUCAUGACCGCAUUCAGCAUUCAGAUGGGUCGAGCUCGUUUUGCAUCCGAAGAAAAAGACGCCGGUUUCUGUCAGCUAUUCGUCGAGAACCUCAGCGGCCCAGCCCUCGUUUGGUUCUCCAAGCUCAAGGCUAACUCGAUCGAUAAUUACAAGGCACUCUCAACAGCGUUCCUCAGACAAUACAUGAUGUACAUCCAAGGAGCGGUAUCUAGCACUGAUCUCUAUCAGAUUAAGCAAGGCGAGAAAGAGCCUUUGCGAGCUUACAUUGGCAGGUUCAACGCCAUCGUCUCGCGAGUGACCACGACAGACGAGGCCUCGAUCCCAGCCCUUACGAAUUCCCUCCGUAUCGACUCCAAGUUCCGAGAUAGCCUCAAGUUCGCCAAACCACAUACUCUAGAAGACGCUCUCCACCGAGCCACCCUUUACAUCGAAGACGAGGAAGAAAAGGAAAUGGCAAUGCCAACCAAACCCUUGCAGCGACCCCAACCCACCAAGGAGGUUGCCAGAUCCGAUCACCAGGAGCCAAGACAGCACAUCGAUAACAAUUACAAAGGCGAUAACCGGCUAGGAACAGCGUAUAACAUCAACGCGCAUCUCAAAAUCGACCGCAGCAACAAUCAAACACAUGGCAGCGCGGCGAUCGCACGGAGACAAGACCGUUCUGCGAUUAUCACAACAAAUACGGACAUCCAACCGCGAUGUGCCGCGAGUUGCAAGCAUACCUCCUCUCCAAGUAUCACAAGGGAGAUAUCGCUGGAACCAGCCAACCGGUAA